AUGCUUAAUGGGAACAAUUUCAAGGAUUGGAAAAGAAACUUACUUAUAGUUCUGGGAUGUAUGGAUUUAGACCAUGCAUUAAGGGAUGAACAACCUGCACCUCUCACUAAGGAAAGCACCCGUGAUGAGAAAACAGAUUUUGAGAGGUGGGAUCGUUCAAAUCGCAUGAGUUUAAUGAUUAUGAAACACAUCAUUCCAGAAGCCUUUUGGGGCACAGAAUCCGAAGGGAUUAAUAAGGCCAAGAAUUUCCUUGAACAAAUUGAGGAACGUUUUGCUAAAAACGAUAAGGUUGAAAUGACAACACUUAUAGGUUCUUUGAUGACCAUGAAGUAUAAGGGUCAAGGAAAUGUAAGGGAGUACAUUAUGGAAAUGCAUCAUAUUGUCUCAAGACUUAAGACACUUAAGAUCGAGCUUUCUGAUGAUGUGCUUGUGCUUAUUGUUUUGUUAACGCUUCCUGCACAGUUUAACCAAUUUAAAAUUAGUUAUAACUGUCAAAAGGAGAAAUGGACUCUCAAUGAACUCAUUUCUCACUCCCAAAAGAAACAACAGAAGGAUUCAGAAGGUUGUUACUUUUGCACCAAGCCUGGACAUGUGAAGAAAGAUUGUGCCAAGUAUCACGCAUGGCGUGCAAAGAAAGGGUUGCCUGAGCUUCCGAAAGCCAAGUGA